GUGGGCGCUGUGGCAGCGGCCAGCCGCAGUUCCCCGGAUGCUGUAAGACCAGGUGCACUCUUUAUGAUACUGCAGAGACCUGCACCGUUCCCGAACCUCAUCAGGACACCCGGUAAUGCUUUGUCCUCUUGCCGGGGCUGCCUCUCGGACGUCUGAAAUGUCAUUUACCCGGCGGCCUCAACCCUCCCUCAGAGAAUAAAGCGAUGGGAAGGCGGUGAAAUGAAGACCGACACCGGGAGAAGAAUUUGAGCUGCUUGUUUAUAGCUCGAGUGGAGGUGGGGAAGCUAGCAGUUAGGCUGGCCAGAAAGCUCGUACCCGGCGACGGCGGCUCAAAUAUCGGAUUAGCUCAACCAUGGCUGGGCUCAUCAAGAAGCAGAUCUUGAAGCAUCUCUCCAGGUUUGCUAAGAACCUGUCGCCGGAUAAGAUCAACCUGAGCACGCUGAAGGGGGAGGGCCAGCUGACCAACCUGGAGCUGGACGAGGAGGUCCUGCAGAGUCUGCUGGACCUGCCCACCUGGCUGGCAAUCAACCGCGUGUUCUGCAACAAGGCGGCCAUCAGGAUACCAUGGACAAAACUAAAGACUCACCCAAUUUCUUUGACCCUGGAUAAGGUGAUAAUGGAAAUGAGCACAUGUGACGAGCCUCGUCCCCCUAAUGGUCCGUCUCCCAUAGCAACGGCAUCUGGACAAAGUGAAUAUGGCUUUGCUGAGAAGGUGGUGGAGGGCAUUUCCUUAUCCAUCAACUCCAUCGUCAUCAAGAUCAGCGCCAAGGCUUUCAACGCCUCCUUUGAGCUCUCCCAGCUGCAGGUGUACAGCGUCAACACCAGCUGGAGCAUCAGCGACCUGCGAUUCACCCGCAUCCAGGACCCUCAGAGGGGGGAGAUCCUGACGUUUAAAGAAAUCAGCUGGCAGAUGAUCCGCAUCGAGGCUGACGCCAUCCAGAGCGCCGAGCACGAGAUGCUGAGCGCCCCGAUCCGUCUCAUCACCAACCAGUCCAAGAUCAGGGUCACUCUGAAGAGACGGAUGAAGGACUGCAACGUUGUGGCUUCAAAGCUGAUUCUCGUCCUGGACGACCUGCUGUGGGUUCUGACCGACUCCCAGCUCAAAGCUAUGGUUCAGUAUGCAAAGUCCCUCAGCGAAGCCAUGGAGAAGUCUGCUCAGCAGAGGAAGAGCAUGGCUGCAGACGAUCAGGCAUCGUCGCCGCCCCAAACUGCCCAACAAGUGCGCACCCAGCAGGCGUCCACAGCUGCUGACCAGAGUGCAACCAUGGCUAAGCUGUUCAGCGCCUACGAUGUGUGUGAGACCUCACACCACCUCCAGAUCACACACCUGGAUCUGCACAUCUGUGAUGACAUCCACGCCAAGGACAAAGCUACCAGUAGGAGGAUAACAGGUGGAGCGAUGCAGCUUUCCUUCAGCUCCAUCACCCUCGACUACUACCCUUUCCACAAAGCAGGGGACAGUUGUGUCCACUGGAUGCACUACAGCGAAGCCACUAAAACCAGAGAGACCUGGGCCAAGAGUCUGCUGGACGAGUACAAAACUGACGUGGAAAGGUUAAAGGGUGUGGUUCGAGACCGACAAGGCCCCGGCGCUGCACACGGCUCCCCGCAUCACGGCUCCCCGCAUCACGGGAAGAUAAACACCUCCUCCUCCUCCAGCGCUUCCUUCAGCCCUCCGCCUCCGAAGACGCAGCUCAUGUCCAGCUCCUUCGUCCUCAGGAUGGCGGACUUCAGCAUCUACCAGGUGUCGACGGCAGACCAGCGGCACUCCAGCCCAAAGACCAUGAUCUCCUGCAAUAAGAAGUCGUUGUAUCUUCCCGCGGAGAUGCCGGCCAUCCAUGUCGAGUUUACAGAGUAUUACUUUCCAGAUGGAAAAGAUUACCCCAUCCCGUGUCCCAACCUCUACGCCCAGCUCAACGCCCUGCAGCUGGUUCUGGAUCCCCGCAGCCUGGUGUGGAUCAACCUCUUUGCUCUGGACUUGAGGCAGAGUCUGGAGCAGUUCAUGCAGAUCUACAAGCUCAACGACUCGCAGAAACCCGACGAACACGUCGACAUCAAGGUGGACGGCCUCAUGCUGAAAUUGGUGGUUCCCACGGAGCCGGACGCCUCCUAUGCUGCGGACUUGCCUCGCUCCGUCUCCAUCCAGACAUCAGAGAUGGUCGCCACCAACACCCGGCACCCCCCCAACUGCACCCGCUCCCACCUGGAGGCCCUCCUGCAGGCCUUCGAAGGGGAACCCUUCUUCUCUCCGUCUUUCUCCACUUUCCCUCGCUCGCCCUCCUCCGUGCCCGUCCUUCACCCCGUCUUCCAGCAGCAUGCUCACGAGCAGGACACCAAGCUGCAGCACGUCCACCGGGGGCUGGUGGAGCCCACCAUGGGGGCGGACGCCCUCAAAAUGCCUGCAGCCGCCGACUUCUGGGUGCUGCACUUCGCCCAGUUCUGGGUGGACUACGAAGGCAGCCGUGGGGGCAAAGGGCGGCCGCAGCCCUUCGUGGACUCGUUCCCUCUCACGGUGUGGGCGUGCCAGCCCACCAAGCUCGUCCAGCACCAGGAGAAGCUGAAAGACUCGGCGGGAACUGGACUGUCCAGGAGCUCGUCAGCGGAGGCGGUCGCGCGUUUGCAGAGGAAGCGAAUGUUGAAGGAGUAUUACAGCGCGGAUAGCGCGCCAGCAUCAACACAAAGUAACGGCCUACAUAAACCUCACUCACUGGACAGCGUCCCCAACUCACACUGUUCAUUGUCACCAAGUAACGACGCAGAUGUCCAUCUGUUGGUGCAUGUGCAGAAGCCACUAAGCGCUCAGGUGAGCCAUCGGCAGUAUGUGUUCCUGAUGCACCUCCUGCGCAGCCUGAAAACCCUGCAGCAAACGCUGCAGCAGGAUCUGGAGAGCAUGGCCUCCAAGAGAGAGCGCAAAGACGCACCGCACCGUCCCACCGACCACAAACCCUUCACCUUCUGCCUGGGCCUCCUGCUGAAGAGCGCCGAGGUGUCGCUCCUCAUGAAGCCCAUUCCCCAGCCUGAGGGUUCAGGAUCUUCUGCUGGGUCAGAGCUCUCCCCCUCGGAGAGCAGAGGAACGCUCGAACCAGCAGGUGACGUGGCGGAGGGGCCAGGAAAGGCCAACGAGGAGCCAGGGUCUGAAGACGGAGGAGCAGCCAAGCAACCUUGCACUGUAGACCAGCUGUUAUGUGGUGAAGGUCCAGAAGGGGGCACCACUCUGUAUGCUACCCCGUUAAUUCCCACCUCGACUUGUGAGGAGAGGACUCCGGCGAAGAACCCGGACAGGGGGGCUUCAGAGGCAGUGGGGGAAGGUUUGGUAGAUGGGUUAGGAACCGGGGAUGAAGCGGGUUCUGGGCUGGACCCGAAAACCGCUUUGACCGACCCGCUUUCUGACUUCAGUGACAAAGAGAAAGCUGCAGCUGCAAAGAUGCCUCAGUCAAUUUCCAGGAAAGGAAGUUUGUCUGUGGUUUCUGAUCUCCUCAGCUCCUCAAACUCCAGCAGAUCCACCUCCCUUUAUUCCAUGUCUAACAUCGGUCGUUUGAUGCGCGAUCGCUCCCAGUCCAGUUUCUCUGUGUCCUAUAAGAACAUGAAGAAGAGCCCGUCCCUUCAAUCUCUGGACAACAUCUCCAUAGACAGCUACUUGAUGGAAGACGGAGACACUUACAGCUUAACGGAGAGAGACGAUGUGUCCAUCUCCGGCUUCAAGGACGCCAUCAGCGAGCAGAGUGUCCCGGAGAGCGCCGCCGAGGCAGUGACUGUCCAGGACAAGGACGGGGCCGCGUCCCCCGACAGCGUCAGCGCCGCCUCCCAGAGCAUCGACGAGCCAGCCAAAGAUACGGUGUCUGUGCUGGUGCUGAAGGUCCAGACGUUGUGUGUGGGCAUGGAGGCGGUGGGCGAGAGCUCAGCCGUGACCCUUGAGGUCGGUCGGGUCACUCCUAACCAGCUGGGCAACAUUGGCCUCAGAGAGUACCUAAGCAACCGCAGCCUUGGUAUGGUGUGUUCAGUACCAAUACCUGCUCAGAGCAGCCGAGCGGGUGGGGAGACCCGCUCUGACUCCACCCGGGGUCUUUACAAUCCGGAGGUCCGGGCUCGCCUGGAGAGCGGGCCGAGCGCCGCCACUCACUCCCCGCUGGCGGAGCGCAACGGCUUCCUGCAGCUGCAUCUCCAUGGAUACCAGGCCAACUUCAUGAUGGCGUCGCUGCGCAACCUGGCGCUUUUCCUGGAGGGCGACCGCUCCACCGACGUGAUGCCCAUGGAGAUCAGAAUCAGGGACACACACAUCAACUUAGAGCAGGGAGACGACUCCGCUGACAAUCCCGACGCAGAAACAAACACGCUACACGUGGACAGCCUCGUCGUACGCAGAAAUGACGACGGCUCUUUCUCUGUCGGAGUGGACAGCGCCGCAGACGCCAAACCCAAGAAAGCGCCGACGGACAGCACGCUCAGUCCACUUCCUGAGGCGGUGAGCGGCGUCUGCAGGACAGCGAAGGCGACACAGACUCAAACGCCGCCCAGCAGCCCCAGACCGACCGACAGGGAAAAGAUGCUGCUGGAAGAGAACGAAUGCCUGAAGAUGGAGCUGUCCAGAGCCAAGAUGGCGCUGGCCGAGGCUCAGAUGGAGAAAGACUCGCUGCUUCACCACAUGAAGAGCCUAAAGAUGAACACCAGCUAGAACUGCCUCGUCAGUGACGAGCUCCAACUCUGACUACAAAAAAAGAGGACUUUUUAUUUUAUUUUUUACUUUAACUGCACACUUUGUCGAGGGAGAUACCACGACUUGUGACUUUUGAAGACUAAGAAAUGUUUUGUUCUGUUUCGUUGAACAAAUGCAAAAAGAAGAAGAUAUUCUGUUUUAAAGCUUGUGAAAAAGAUGGUAGAAAUCUAUCAUGUUUUUGGUGCCUACAGUAACUCAUCCUUUACUACUUCUGUUAUUAAAACCACCACAGAAACCUGGAGAUCUGAAAGAAAACUGAAUGUCGCAUCUUUAGAGGAAUGUCAAAAAAAGAAGGUAAAAAGACGACUUACUUUGCACUGCGCUGAGUUUUCAGUGCGUUCAAAUUCAGACUCUAAUUGUACAAGAAUGUGAACAUGUAUUUUCUACAGAACCUUGAAGGGUUUUGUAGUGUUUGCAGUUGAAUGUGAUUUUUUUUUUUCGUGCGAGUCUCAGACAGAACAAGCAUUUUGUGACGUGCGGAGGACAAACAUCGGUUCACUUUACAGCUUUUUCAAAUGCCUCCGAAUCAGCUGUUGCCUCCACGUUUGUCCUAUUUUUAUAUCUGUAAAUAUUCAAUGCUGCACUUUUUAAAACUGAGGCACUGUAAAUACAGCGAACACAGCUGUGGGAGAACAAUUGGAGCAAAGCGUGAAAAAAACGGGCCACUCUGAAGCUGCCCAACUACAUGUGUGUUUCUUUGUGUAAAAACGAAGAGGAAAAAAAAAUCCACGUAUUUGAAUGACUUUCAUGGACAAGCAAUGACAAUAUUUGCUGCUUUAGUCAUCCCUGUGUGAUAAAUUACAUGUUCAUAACUAAAAUCGACUUAUUUUUCUAACAGCAGGAAAGUGAAGGUAGGUUUACCUCUAAUAUUUAGCUGUGAUAAAUUUAGUAAACAUGUGCAAAACAUCUACUCUUAAAAAAACAAUUUAAAGUUCUUGUUCCUCCAAAAGAAAAUAAAUUUAAAAACAGAAUAUUUUUGCUGCAAUCGUUUUCUCCCCUACUUACUAGGAGGAAGUAAGCAAAAAAAGUAUUUUUUUUCUGUCAAAGCUGCUGAAAUACUGAUAGAAAAUAAAGGAUCCAUUUUGAAAGUUUCAUCUUUUUA